AUGAAAGAUGGUUAUCUUUGCCAUAAAUAUUCUGUACCUUUAUGUAAGGAUCUAAAUACAAUGCGCAAAAAGCUUAACCAAAUGGAACAACAGCAUUCAAUAGUCGAUGGUUUAAAUGAUUUCGGCGAAACUACAGCUAAAAAUGUGCUUGCCGUAGUGUGUGGUGCUAUACCAAUCAUUGGGAAUGUCGCGGCAAAUAUUGCCGUGGAUAUUAUAGAACGAACAGAAAAGGCCCAGCAUAAUAAAAAGGCAUGCAAAUUUAUUCAAAACUAUAUAAAAUCAAGUUUAAGUACUAUUGCUAAGUUUCAAUUACAAGGUUCUAUCAAGGAAUCACAAGAAGCUUAUGAAAAGAUAUUGAAAGACAUAAAAUUAU